AUGUGUCUCGUCCUCUACUUUGAUGUCUCUAUGAGUGUUGAUGAUCUUGUGGAAUCUCUCGGUGGCCUUCGUUUGGGUACAUCUGGUACCUUUCAGUCAGAUCACGGUGAGAAAUAUGUAGUCGAUCCUAAUACUGGCGAUGUUUUUAUAAAAGGUUCUCAACGGAAGGAUGGAACUUUUCGUCGUGCUAUACGUGUUCGUUCCGGUUAUAUCCCUCAGGACGAGCGCGCGUCAUACGUACCUCGUUUUCGACGUGAGCCACAUCUGGCACAGGCUUCUACAUUAGAGACUACAGCUGGUCCAUCCGAGAGUCGUUUGGAAGGUGUUUCGCGGAAGGAUUCUCAACAUCGGUCUGUUGCAACGGGUUCCGAUGUUGUAUUAGACAGUGAUGGUUCGGGAAGGUCGAGGCUGUCAAGGGCAAAUAAGGAUAUAAAGGUCGCAGUCACUUCUGAAUCUAACAUUGGGAGUGUAUUAUCAUCUACCUCUGAGUCUAAUAAGACUUCUUCUACAGUUACUCCAGGGGAGACAGCUGCUACUGCGAAAAAGCUGAUUAAUGCAAUACGUCGUACUAGACAGCGUCUGCGAGCUGCUGAAUCAGCUAACGUUGCUGUUGAGGAUCCAUUGCUCCUUCCUUCAAAGUCGUCUAGCGUGGAUGCGCUUACUAAUAAGUUGAAGCGUUUAGAACUCGCAUUAUCUGAGCUAAAAGUUGGCAAUUCGGGUUCUAAUAAUACCGAUGCAACGCCUAGCAAAAGUUUUCGGGACGUGAAGAGCGUGAUUAAGCUAGAUGGUUACUUGAACAAGAAGGUUUACGUGAAAUUCAGUGGCGGUCGUGAGGUUCAGGGCGUAUUGAAAGGUCAUGAUGUGAUGUCGAAUCUGGUACUUGAUGAGACCGAAGAGUUCUUACGCGAUCCUAACGAUCCAGACAGGAUGACUGAAAAGACACGUCAUUUAGGGUUGCUUGUGGCACGUGGUACCUCGCCGUCGUGGUCUGUAAUAAUAUCAGACACGCUGUUUUUCAGCGUAAUGGAGGUGCAACAUAUAGGUUGCGUGAAGGGUCACAGUGAGCGUAUAUGGUCAGUAUGCUGGAGCCCUGUUGACGACGUUUUCGCUACUAGCAGUUCGGAUUGCAGCGUGCGUAUAUGGCGCGUAAAUCGUAGGAAAGAAAAGGUUACAUCACUAUCGCAACCAUGUGCUUCAUAUGAUGCCGAUUGUUGUUCCGAUUAUGAGAUCGUUUUGGAGGCUGUUAUUGACAACUACUUCAAGAAGACGGUGCGCAAUGUACGGUUCAGUGUUGACGGCGAGUAUCUGAUUUGUGCGUCCUUUGAGGGCACAGCAACUAUAUGGUCACGUCAGCAUCGUGACGAAUUGCCCAUGGUUUCCUCAUCAUCUGAAUCUGCUUCUGACCAUAUUUUUUCUACUGUGGUUAGUGGUAAUCACAAAUGGGUCUGUGUUUGCGUGUUGGAGGGUCAUGAGAACGAGGUUAAGUGCGCAGCAUUUGACUGUACUACUACGUAUGUGGCGACCUGUGGCCGUGACAAGACAAUAUGGAUCCAUCAACGAUCGCAGGGCGUUGUUGACGACGAGAGCUAUGAUAUCGUUCGUUUGCCCAAUGGUGGUGUUAAAGGGUCUCUUGAGUUUUAUUGUACUGCUAUAUUAACUGACCAUUCCCAAGAUGUUAAAUGCGUAUGUUGGAGUCCAAAAGCUCUUUUGUUAGCGAGUGCUUCUUAUGACAACACCAUCCGUCUUUGGGGUUUAGUUCGUCAGGAUUGGGUCUGUAUCCAAACUAUCAGCAUAAACAGUUCCACUGUGUGGUGUGUUUCCUUUGACGUUAACGGUACAAGGUUCGCCGCCAGUUCUGCUGAUUGUUCGGUAUCUGUUUUCAAGAGUGUCAAAGCUGGUGAUUAUUUGGAUCACUUGCGUGCUUUGCAGCAUAAUGUUGGAUGUUCAAGUGCGUUUAUGAAGCUCGGUCCUCUUGACACUGCCUUAUCGCAUGGUUUGUUUCGUAAAAGUCACAUGGUUCUUGAUUAUCAAUUGAAGAACCCUCUUAUCGCAGAUGACUGGCAACCGUGUCACGUUAUCCAUUCUUAUCAUACUCGUCCUGUGUAUUCAGUGGACUUCCACCGUUUUGUAUUGACGGGCGGUGGUGACAACAUGGUGAAGAUAAUGUGUCCUGACGCCGAAAGUCGCGAAUCACGUAUUGAGUUUCAAGCUCAUAGUUCUGAUGUGAAUGCCGUAUCAUGGAAUCGUCAUUCUUUUGACAAAUUUUUUGCUAGUGUGGGAGACGACGAGUACAUAAAGUUGUGGAAGACUACAAUGUCUGGUAUUUUGUGCAAGUUGUUUUACCCUGGUUUUGUCCCUGCAUUGCAGGCGAAGAUAUUGUCACUUCCACUUCCAGAUCGUGUGAAGUCAAUAAUCGUCCACCCUGCUGGUCCUAUGACAAUUCAUUUUUAUGCUCCAACUUUCAAAUGGGGAAUAUCCAUCGCCAAUCUUUCUGAUAUAAAUCGUCCUACUGAUAAGAUGUCUUUGCCUCAACAAUUGGAUGACAAGGAGAAGGCUGAGGCUCUUUUAUCCUUUCAGAAGGCUGUUCAAUCGCAGAAGUUGACAUUGAAGAUGUUAGGUGUGUGCUUUGAGCGUUGCGUGAGCACUCCUGGUGAGGUUUUGACUACAUCUCAACAAGCAUGUCUUUGGCGCUGUGCUCAGCGUAAUGUGGAGACGCAAUACUUUAUCCUGAAACGUUUGGAAGGUAUGGCAUCUGCGAUGAAGACAGGGCAGGAAUAG